CAGACAAGAUGUCGAUUGGGCUUCUGACUCCGGUCAGGGUUUAUGUAGAUUUCCAGCUGCAGCUUUUAAUAGAUACCCCUCCUUUUCUCCUGUUCCCUUCGAUUCAAGGUGCCCUCCUCCUACCUUCGUCCACCUUGUUCUAUGGAUUGUAUAUCUGAACGCCGUCGCCGUCAUCCGCCUCUAUCUAUCUAUCUAACUAACUUUCUAUCCAUCUGUCUAUCAUCUCCCUAUCUAUCCCCCUCCUUUUCUCCUGUUCCCUUCGAUUCAAGCUGCCCUCCUCUUCCCUUUAUCCACCUUGUUCUAUGGAUUGUAUAUCUGAACGCCGUCGCCCGUCAUCCGCCUCUAUCUAUCUAUCUAUCUAACUUUCUAUCCAUCUGUCUAUCAUCUCCCUAUCUAUCCCCCUCCUUUCCUCACCGGAUCAAACACAAGUCUACACUCUUCAAUCCGGUCUAACUGUCCCUAUGCCUAUGCAACGAACACCCGAUC